GCGGUUUGCAAAGGGUAGUACCAAACCGGCCAACGCUCCUCCUUGGUUCACACGAGAUAAGCAAAGAUAUAAAAGUGUGGGAAGAUACGGAGCUGUACAUGAUCGCAGUAGGGCUGACUAGUGAGCUCCCAUGAACACUUCAGGUACCCGUGUUGUGCUGCGAGCACUAUGAAGGGGGGCGGGGUGGGCGUGUCAGCUCAGAUAUGCAUCGUGAAGUUGCACCAGAGUUCGCGGCAUGCCGCGUGUGGGGAGACUCGUGCGUUCGAGCCAACCUGCCAGACGGUUCGGCUGGCGUUUUCGCGGGCUCGUGCAGCCGGGAAGGGUAUGUACAUGCUGGCAAGACACAGCACGCCAGGCUGCUGGGAAGCUGACGGGCCACUGAGCUGCGAGCUUCUUUACACGAGGUCGCCGAGACAGGUGAAGACAGGCGGCCGCAGGCAGUCUCGACAUUUGGGCCAUUUCAUCCGCACAAUCAAGCACAUCAUCAGCUGUAGGGAUUUUGUUUUAGGGGGGGAAUGCGAAGCACAUGCACAUGCACUUGCACUCGCGCCAAUGGAAAUGCCUCGGGCGAACCAAAAGAGAUGCGCGAGGGUCAGACGAAAGAGGGCAAGCAAACAGGAGCGUAUAUCAGAAAUGAAUGAUGAGCGGGACAGUCAACUGCUCUUGGCACCAAUACCAGCGCAUCCUGCCCAAAGCCCUCCUUUACCCGCCCGAACCGGAGAUGGAUCGGGUUGCGGCCGGAGAACCUCUGGUUGUCUGGUGGGAUUGGGACCAUGUCUUUCGAACAGCUCCCCCGAUUUUCAGUCUCUCGAGUGAACAGGAAGCCGGCAUGGACAAACAUUCAGCAGAGCAGCAGUAGGGACGCAGUCAUAUCACCACUUGCGGC